UUGUUUUGAAAAUUCCGCAGCACGUGUUUGUUAUUUUUGCUGUGAAUUUGUUAUUUAUAUUACUAACACAUUUAAGUGAUAUCAUUACCUUUUAAUCAUGGGAAAAUCAAAAAAGUCUUCUGUUGAAAAUGACGUUGAAGAAAGCAUGGAAACAUCUACUGCAGAAGAAACACCUCGAUUAUCAUACGAAGACCAGUUAAAUCAUGUAAGUGUUAUCGCAUCUCCAAUGGCUUCUAAGAAGUUAGCUAAGAAACUUUAUAAAUUGAUUAAAAAAGCAUCAGAGCAGAAAACAUAUUUGCGUCAUGGUUUAAAAGAAGUACAAUCAUGUAUCCGCAAAGGAGAAACGGGACUAGCCGUUUUUGCCGGUGAUGUAACUCCAAUCGAAGUUAUGUGCCAUAUGCCAGCAGUAUGUGAAGAAAAGAAUAUUCCUUACGUUUAUACGCCGUCGAGAGACGAUUUAGGUCUUGCUAUGGGAGUUAAGAGGAGUUGUUUGAUGGUAUUAAUUAAAGAACAUCCAGAAUAUAAGGAACUAUAUGAUGAUUGUAAAAAUCGUAUGAAAGCUAUAACAAUUUCAGCUUUGCUGUGAAUGAUUGUCUGUCUAAAAUGUCUUGAAUUCUGUCGUAAAAUCUGUGUAUGCAUUCAAAGUUUUUUACUGUAAUAAAUAUGUUUCUUAAAA